CGAUUUGUUUGUUUAUUGACCUGACAUUAGGGUAGCGGUUUUCUUGUUCGCGUGUUCAGAGUUACCGUUCGUUUGUUUACAUUCCAGCGAGGUUACCGACAGAAAAAAAGAUGAAUAACGCAAAACGAAAGCAAGAAAUAAGAGAAAAGGUUAAGGAGAUGAAAAUGCGACAGCAAAACUGGAUGAAGCAAAAAGCUGAGUUUGAAAGCAAGUCUUCAAAUGGAAAUUCAUCUUCCCCAGUGCAGAGAUCACCAGAUGAUGUCACAACCAAGAAGUCAAAGCCAGUCGAUAACAUAGAAAGAGGUGUACGAUCAUCAUCUUCCAAUGACAGAAACAAUAACUCGACAGAAAGACUAUUAGCAUCACACAAAUCAAAUGCAAAAUUUGCAAGUUGGCUCAAGGCAAAGGAAGUACCAGCUGAAGAUGAAGGGCUAAGCUUGGAAAAUGAAUCAACGUUCAUCCAUAAAUCUGAAUACAACAGUAAUAAAUACUCGGACAACUAUUACAAAGAUGUUGAUUACAGAGAUCACAAAGGAUCAGGCGGGGCAACUACACUUAGAGUCCCAAGUGAAAGAACAUCCAAAGUAACCUCCCCUGAACAAGGCUGGGACUCUGAAGAUGAAACAGGAGAGAUAACUGCUGCUACUCUGAUGUCGCCUGAAGACUUUGACUCAAGGGCUGAUGAUAUUAUUGCAAAAGUUAAAGGUGACCUCAAACUGUCCACUCAUCCUACAUCUGUUUAUGAGGAGGUUAGAAAGAGCGUGUCUGCUGUGAAUAAUAAGAUGGACAGCCUAGAUUCUCAAGAUAGCAACCUUUCCAGUCAUGUAUGCCCAACAUGCGACAAACUUAUGAUGGCUCCAUCUGCGUCUCCGAUGCUGCUUAUUCCUUGUGGCCACACCCAGUGCUCUUCCUGCGCUAAAAGGACCAAGUUCUGUCCCUCUUGCGGCUGUGCUGUACAGUCCUGUACCACUAACAUCAUGCUGGAACAGAUCAUCACAAACUUCCAUACCAAACAGACACACAGACAUAGAAGCAAAACAGAAAUAAAGCCAAUGCCAAAGAAGGACUAUAGAGAAGAAUAUCAGAAUCUUGUCACCAGAGAGGAAAUACUGAAUGAAGAGGCAGAAAAUAUACAAAGAAAUAUCAGCAGGUUGUCGAGGAAACUCAAACAAGAAGAAACACAGGUCCAAAAUAUUGAAAAGAAAGAAAGGCAUCUGGAAUCAGAAAUAACUGAACUCCAAAGACAGCUACAGGAUCUUGUUACUCACAAGAAGGACUUUGAGCGGAGUUAUGAUGAACUUGCUAUACAGGCCAGACAAGAGAAAAAUAGAUUAACAAUGGUUCACGAUUCUUUAACGUCUGUACAUCAACAGAUAGAAAAGGUGAAAAUGUUGGCUGGAGAAUGACAGAGAAGCUGGAGCCAGUGACACUGAUGUUUUAUCAGUGAUACUUGUUUAGUGUCUGUGAUACUUAUGUUGUUGUUGUUGUUGAGUUUUACAAGGUCUUCCCGCGCCCUAUAAUGGCUUCAUUAUGGCUUGACACCGUCAUACUUGUGUUUUGUCUGUGACACUUAUGUUUCGUCGGUGUUUCUAAUUGUUAGUCUGGAAUACUUAUAUGUUCUGUCUGUGAUAAAAAUAGGUUUCUGUUGGUGACACUAAUGUUUUGUCUGUGACACUUUUUUGUGGUACAUAUACUUUGUCUGUGACACUUAAAUUGUAUCCGUGUUUCUUAUGAUUUAAGCUCUAGAUAUGCAAUGCACAUGCACUUUUAGUAUCACGUUUGAAUAAAUCAUAACAUUAUAUUCAUAGUGUGAAAUAAAACACUCAAAUACAUCAUUUUUUAUCGA